AUGGCCGACUCUGCCGCACCCGCUGCUGCCAAGAAGCAGUUCGUCAAGCCUGAAAAGCCGAGCGAAGAGGCCUACAAGGCUGGUCUUGCAGAGAAGGAAAAGCAGCAUGCCGCCGCUCAGGAAAAGCUCAAAGCCUUGAACGCUAAGAUUGACCUUGCGACCCCUAACAACAAAGACUCUCCCACCGCGAAGAAGCAGCAAGAGCUGCGCAAUGAGCUUGCCGAGAUCCGCAAGAAGCAACAGGCCAACAAAGGCUCCCGCAACACGGUCUUCGAGCAAAUCAAGAAGCUCGAUGAGCAACUGAAGUCGCGCAUUCAGGAGAACAAGACGGCUCGCGGCCGCAUCAACUUCAAGAAUGCUGAAGAAGUCGACCGCGAGAUCGCCCGUCUGCAGAAGCAGGUGGACUCUGGUUCGAUGAAGAUUGUGGACGAGAAGAAGGCACUUGCGGACAUCUCGAACCUCACCAAGCAGAAGAAGAACUUUGCCGGUUUCGAGCAGGCCGAGAAGGGCAUCGCUGACCUCAAGGCCAAGAUCGCCGACCUCCGCAAGUCCCUGGACGACCCCGAGGCCAAGGCCAUGAGCGAGCGUUACUCGACGAUCCAGUCCGAGCUCGACGCCAUCAAGGCCGAGCAGGACGAGGCGUACAAGAACCUGAACUCGCUCCGUGACGAGCGCACCAAGGCCCGCAACGAGCAGCAGGCCAAGUGGACCGAGCUCAAGGAGUACAAGGACAAGUACUUCGAGCAGAAGCGCGCAUUCAGGAACUACGAGCAGGAAGCGUACAAGGCGAGGAGGGAGAGGCAGGAGGCCGAGCGCAAGGCUUACGAGACCAAGAAGCGCCGUGAGGUCGCCGACGCGAAGCUCGAGGAGGCCAGCGCCGCUGCGUACACCGAAGAGAUUGUCACCGCCGAGGGUCUCAUCCGCUACUUCGAUCCAUCGGCCCUGCCCGCCAAGGAGACCAACGACACUUCCAAGUUCGCCGCCCAGGCCAGCAGGACUACUGAUGACUCUGCCUUCAAGGGCAUGAAGGUCGUGAAGAAGGAGGAGGAGGACUACUUUGCCGGCACUGGCGGCAAGAAGGGAAAGAAGAACAAGAAGAGCAAGGACGCUGCUCCCGCUCCCUCCAGUUUCAACCUUUCCAUCGGCGUCAUUGAGCAGCUCGCUCAGCUCAACGUCGAUGCUCCCGCUAGCCAGGCCGACGUCCCGUCCGUUGUCGAGAAGCUCAAGGAGAAGUUGGACUUUUGGAAGAAGGACCAGCAGCGCAAGACCCAGGAGAACAUCGAGAAGGCCAAGAAGGAGAUCGAGAAGCUCGAGGCUGCCGAGGCGGAAGGUGCUGAUGCCGGAGCCAAGGACACCGCGAAGAAGCCUGCCGCCAAGAACCAGCAGGUCAACGGCUCCGCCGAUGCUGAGGCAGAGCUUGCCCAGGAGAAGGACGCCGCCGCCGACGCCGCCAAGGAGCUCGAGAAGGCUAGCAUCGAGGACAAGGACGGAACGGCCACUGCCUAA